AUGAUGAUUCGUUUAAAUAAAUAUAACUGCAAGAUUGUUAAUAAUAGAAUAACUUAAUGUCUUCAUGUGAAAUUUAGUUCUUCUGUGAAGACUGAAAAUAAUGUUGGAAGCAUUCCUAAAAAGUCCUCUUCGCUAAUUCUAUUUAGAAAAGAUGGUAAAAAGAAAGGUCCUUUUGAUUAUGAUAUUUUUUUUUUCAAAAGACACAGCAAAGGAUCUUUUUCUGAUAUGUAUGCCUUUCCAGGAGGAUAGUUGGAAUAACAAGAUAUAGAUGUUGAAUAAAAUAAAGUAUGCAACAAAUUUUUGUAUUGCGCUAUUAGGGAAACUUUUGAAGAAAUAGGUUUAUAUUUCCCUAAGAAUAGUAUAAAUGAAAAUAUUUUAAAUGAAGCAGUUAAUCAAUUUAAACUAAAGGGGUUAAGGACUGAUGACUUUAAAUCUUUAACAAAAAUCAUACCUGCUGAAUUAAACGAAGAUAAGUUUUAAACUUUUAUUAGAUUGAUAACUGUCCCUCAAAUAAAGCAUAGAUAUGAUUGUAUUUUUUAUUUGCAUUAAAUAUAAAAGAAUAAUAUGGUGAAUUGGUUUUAGUAUUUUAAAACUGGAAAAAAAGAAAGCAUUUAAGAUGAUGAAAAUAUUAUAUUAAAUGAAGAUGAAGGUGUUAAAUAUGAAUGGAUGAAUCCAUUAGAAUGUAUCGAUAAGUAUUACAAAAAAUAACUAUUGCUAGCUCCACCUUAAUUUAUUAUACUAAAUAUUCUUUCUUCUUUCCUAAAAUAUGAAGAUCUAUAAACUUUUUUAAGAAACCAUGAAAAUAGCCCUAAAAUUGAUGCUAUGGACUAAGAUCCUUACUCUUUCCCAUAUUUAAUUGGGCUGCAAAGUACAUCUAAAGUAAAUCCUGAUUUAUCAAAGGAAUACCCAUUCACAGCUACAGUUGGAGGUGACUUUAAAUAUCACUUAGAUAAAAUAUGUGCUAUUGAAUAAGACCAAUAAUUAAAAAAAGAAUUAUUUGAUAAAAUUUCUAAUUUAAAUAUCAACGAAAAUUCGAGAAGUAGAAUUUACUUCAAAAACCCAUAAAAAUUAUUUGACUCUGAAUAUGAAGUUGAUUUUAAUUUCAAUUAAUACUCACCUCUAACUCAUAUGAAAGGAUAUAAUUAAAUUUAGUAACUUAUAAAGACUCAUAUAAAAAAUUAAUGA